GGAGGUUAUUCCUCUGGAACGGCGUAAGGACAUCAUUACAAAAAAUCAUAGCGAACCCACAUCGGGACAUUUCGGUAUCUUCAAGACUAACAAACGUCUCUCGUUAAACUAUUUCUGGCCAAAUAUGCACCGCGACGUCACCAACUUCGUUAACAUGUGCGAUACAUGCAAUUCUCACAAACAUGCAAAUCACGCAACCCUUGGUGUCAUGGGUCGACCCAAAGAGUGUUCCAGACCUUUUCAGAUGAUCAGCAUGGAUCUCGUUGGACCCCUACCCCCAACAAGACGUCAAAACUCUUACUUGUUUGUGGUAACGUGCUGCUUCUCUAAAUAUACACUCAUUUUCCCCAUACGUCGUGCUACUGCUGAUAUUAUAACACGGAUUCUCGAGGAGCAGGUCUUUCUGGUUCACGGAGUUCCAAGUACUGUCCUUAUGGAUAAUGGUAAACAGUUUGUUAGCAAUACUUUGAAACAACUGUUUACUAAUUACAAGAUACCAAAUGUACAGUACUGCCCUAAGUAUACUGCUCAAGUUAAUUCUGUCGAGCGAUACAAUAAAACGAUUAUGGUUGCCGUAUCAAGCUUUAUUGAAAACGACCAUCGACAUUGGGACCUAAAUAUUGCAAAAAUACAAUUUGCCCUAAAUAGUUCUGUGAAUGAAGUUACCAGAUUCACACCAGCAUUUCUGAUAUACGGGCGAGAACUCGUCACUUGCGGGUCUCAUUACUUGGACACAGUCGUUGCGGAAGAUCUGAUUUUCAGCCCCAGAGACGAGUAUGCCGAAAACAUAGGUGCGCUUCGUAAAAUAUUUGAAAAAGUGCAAGCCUCUCUAAUAAAAGCACACUCAAGAAAUAGUGGCUACUAUAAUUUACGUCGUAAAAACGUAGAAUUCAAUGUGGGAGACACAGUAUGGAAACGCACCUAUUACCAGAGCGACAAGGACAAUAGAUUUUCCAAAAAACUAGCACCUAAAUUCAUAAAAUGCAAAGUUGUUGCUAAAAGAUCUCCGUUGGUCUAUGAUUUAGAGGACGAACGAGGAGUAAGUUUGGGUACAUGGCAUGUCAAGGAUAUUAAACUUACAAACUAUUCUAAAUAAUUAUAUCUAAACUUUUACCUAACUAAAAUAAAACUUUCUAUAUUUACAAAACUUCCUUGCUGGGAUGGAAGUGAGAGAAAAACAUAGAAUCCCCCAGCUGCUUACUAAUUCUCGAGCAGACUGUAAGAGUCAGUCAAGAGAUUGAUGUGUAAUACCAUCUAACGCCUUAGGCCUGCCAAAAACUUAAAUCUUGAGCAUGGCAUGCGUCUUCUAAUAUCUUCUAAUAUUCUCUAAAAAUACCUUAAAUACUACUUUAUAAAAAAAAAAAACAAAAACUACACUUACUAAAACUACCAAAACUUAUACUAAAAAAUCCAAAACUAGCCUAAAACAAUGUCUUACUUACUAAAACUACCUACCGUCUUAAAUAUAUUUACUUAUAUAUAGUAUUUCUAAUUUUUCUUUUUUACAAAAAAAAAUAUUGAAUCUCCAGGCCCUACCCCUAGGACAUUCUAAUUAUUUUAUCUUCGGCCCUACCCCGAAGAUAAGAAAAUUAUACUAUAAAAAGAAAAAAACGGUUACCUUAAAUCUCCUAUUGAUUACGUGUGAGUACUAAGCUGCGGUUAAAAGUCUAGUACUCUUUUUGGAAAGGACGCAGUCACUUAAAACUAAAUAAGAUAACUGUUUGUGUGUGAAAGGGAUGAAAGAAAGUAGGGGGGUGAAUGGAAGGGUUGAAAUGAAUGUGUACCACGUAAUUUUUAGAAUGGUCAAUAGUAAGAAGGACAGACUAGGUUACAUUUUAGUCAGCGGAUUUUCUUAGCGAAAAUCCUACCCAAAAAAGGGGGGUAUGUAACGCCUGCCGCGUUUUACUACUGAGUGUAAUUGCUCUUGUUUUUCUGUUAGGAACUAUCAAAAAGUUAUCAUUGAAAACACUUAAAAACUACUGCUUAAAACUAAAAUAUUAUUACAUAAAUAAACAUAUACUAAUUAAUUUAACAAAACAUAUCUAUUUACAAAAUAAUUCCGUUAAUAUUGUACGACUUUAAUAAUUAUCACAUUGCGUAGGUAGCCGUACCUACAUUCCACAGCCGAGCCGUUACUCUUCCGGUCGGAUGUUCGACACAAUCCUUCUGCCUUUGUAGCGAGAACACCUCGAUUACUCGUAUAUUUUUUAAAUACGUUUUUUUACUAAUUUUGUCUACGAUAUAAUAAUUUAUAGUGUUGUGUUAUCCCCAUUAAUUGGGGUUCACCCUUCGAGUUCAGCAACCGCUGGACCCACUACCGGUCCUGUACUUACCUGCACCGUUUCACCUUUCGGGUUCUACAACCCGCUGGAUCCACUUUCGGUCCUAUACUUACCCCACCGCUUCUGCUGCCCUGCUGCGCGCGCCGGUGUACCCC